AUGGCCGAUCUGAAACAGAUACACGCGCAGAUCAUCCGGGCGGGCCUCGACCAGCACGUCUUCGUAGUGGGCAGGAUCAUCUCCUUCUGCUCCGUCUCCGAAGUGGGAUCUAUUGCCUACGCGGCGGAGGUGUUCGAACGCAUGGAGCGCCCCGACGGCUUCCUCUGGAACACCAUUAUCAGGGGAUUGGGAAGAACGGGGAACCUCCGGGAGGCUUUUCUCUGCUACCGGCGCAUGCGGGAGGAUGGGAAGGCCGCCGACAACUUCACCUUCUCAUUCCUGCUCAAGACGUGCGCGCAGACGGAGUCCGCCGGGCUGGGCAAGCAGGUCCAUGGCUGCGCGGUGAAGGAGGGCUUGGACUCCCACCCACAUGUCAGGAACACCCUCAUCCACAUGUACGCCAUGUCCAGGGAAGUGAGUGUCGCCCGCUCCCUACUCGAGGAAAUGCUCGACAAGAAUCUGGUCGCCUAGAAUACCAUCAUCGGCGGCUACGUCCACUCGGGGGAGCCGAAGGUAACUCUAGGCGUGCUCCUGGAGAUGCAGAGAUGCGGGUUCCCCCCCGACGAGGCAACCCUGGUGGUCGUCCUCUCGGCGUGCUCUGAGCUCGGCGCUCUGGACUUCGGAAGGUGGGUGCACUCGCUCAUCGACGGCUCUGGGCUCGAGCGGCUCAUCGCGAUCUGCAACUCUCUGAUCGACAUGUACGCCAAGUGUGGCGAGAUCAGUUGCGCACGCGAGCUGUUCGCGGGAAUGGCGGAGAAGAACGUCGUCUCCUGGAACUCCAUGAUCCUGGGGCUCGCCGCGCACGGCUCCGCGGCGGAGGCGCUGGACCUCUUCGCCGCCAUGCAGCACCCGCGGGCAUGCGCGGAGCCCAACGCCGUCACCUUCCUCGGUGUGCUCUGCGCCUGUAGCCGCGCGGGCCUGGUGGAGCAGGGGAGGAGGCUCUUCGACAGCAUGACCAACCACCACCGCAUCGCCCCCACCAUCCAGCAUUACGGCUGCAUGGCCGACCUGCUCGCGCGGGCCGGGCUGAUGCGGGAGGCGUACAAGCUGGUAGUCGCCAUGCCCAUAGAGCCCAACGCGGUGGUGUGGAGGACCCUGCUCGCCGCGUGCCGAGUCCACGGGGAUCUCAAGCCCGGCGAGCGCAUCCGCUGGCACCUCCUCGAUUGGGACCCCGACCACAGCGGCGAUUAUGUGCUACUGUCGCACAUGUACGCCGGCGCCGGCGGGUGGGAGGAGGCGCCGAAGGUCAGGGAGUCCAUGGAAGGGAGGGGAGUCGAGAAGCCGGCGCCUGGGACGGCCUGGUCUGCUUCCGAGCCGCUGGUCAACCUUCGCUCGUUUUCAUGGUUGCGCGCAGGGGACCAGUAUUCCAGGGAGGAUUUUAACGGGCCCGAAGAAAAUGGGCCUCCACUUGAUGAGCCCGCUGCAAUGGCCUAUCCGAUAGCAGCUCGGAAUAUUUAUCGGCGGCCCAUUAGGUAG